CAUAGCAGUGAAUCCUUAAAAAAACACAAGCCAAAACAAAUUUGACUUAGCCUUUUGGAGUGGAAAUGUUGAUUGUUUGAAAGUCAUUGAAAUGGAAUCUCCCCGGAUACAAAAUUGAUUGGUCAUUGUUCAGAUAUACAGAAAGAAAAUAUAUACUAACCAAUAUACCAAAACCAAACAAGAAGAGAGGAGAUUAAAAAUGGCUCUGGUACCAUCUCCAGCUCUGGUCGCCGAGGUUGAGAUGGGUUCUGACCCCUCCGCAUCCACUGUUCGAGCCACCGUGGUCCAAGCCUCCACUGUCUUCUAUGACACUCCUGCCACUUUAGAUAAGGCUGAGAGGUUAUUGGCUGAAGCAGCUGGGUAUGGUGCCCAGCUGGUUGUGUUUCCGGAGGCUUUUGUGGGUGGUUAUCCACGUGGGUCAAAUUUUGGCAUUGUCAUUGGGAACAGAACAGCUAAGGGUAAAGAAGAGUUCCGAAAGUAUCAUGCUUCUGCCAUUGAUGUUCCUGGUCCUGAAGUUGAUCGAUUGGCAGCAAUGGCUGGAAAGUACAAGGUAUUCUUGGUAAUGGGUGUGAUAGAGAGAGAUGGAUAUACACUCUAUUGCACUGUUCUGUUUUUUGAUUCUCAAGGUUCCUACUUGGGAAAGCACCGAAAAAUUAUGCCCACAGCAUUGGAGCGAAUUAUUUGGGGGUUUGGAGAUGGCUCCACAAUUCCCGUGUUUGAGACUCCAAUUGGAAAAAUAGGCGCUGCCAUUUGUUGGGAAAAUAGGAUGCCACUGCUAAGGACAGCAAUGUAUGCUAAAGGCGUUGAAAUAUAUUGUGCUCCUACUGCUGAUUCCAGGGAUGUAUGGCAAGCAUCAAUGACUCAUAUUGCUUUAGAGGGUGGGUGUUUUGUCUUAUCAGCUAAUCAAUUCUGUCGAAGGAAAGACUACCCCCCUCCUCCAGAAUAUGUAUUUGCCGGCACAGAAGAGGAACUUACUCCAGAUUCUGUUGUCUGUGCUGGAGGCAGUGUCAUUAUAUCACCAUCAGGGGCUAUUCUCGCUGGACCCAAUUACGAUGGGGAGGCACUCAUCUCAGCAGAUCUUGAUCUUGGAGAAAUAGCGAGGGAGAAAUUUGCUUUCGAUGUGGUUGGACACUAUUCACGGCCUGAAGUGCUUAGCUUGACUGUCAAGGACCAUCCGACAAAUCCAGUGACUUUCGUGUCGGCCUCAACAAAGACUGAAGUCUCACAUACACCAUAAUUGGUUUUCACCUGUUUUCUAUCUGGGCGUGGUUCGCAAAAAUGUAGACCUGUUCACUAAUAAAGGACGAGCCUUUGUAGAUAUAUGUAUUAUUGCUGUUGUAUUUCCUCCGUAGACCGGGCCAUUUCUUGCCUUGGUGUAUGUUUCUGCUUCCUCAAAAGUGAAACCUAAGUACUGAUUGGUACCAGAAAAGAGUUGGUACUUAUGAAGUUUAAAUUGAUAUGUUUGUGUACUUUCCUAUCUGUCUAUUGAGAUCAAGUUCAUAGACA